CAUCAUUUGAUACCCGUUGAAAAGACGUGCCUGGAGACGAACGGAAAAGAUAUUCAUAUUAUUCCAAGAUUAAAUCGGCAGGUCCUUGAACAAAAAGCCUUGUGUUAUCUGUUACCACGGGAGAUCAGCAAGGAUGGGGCUUCGUCUCAACAUUAUUGUAGCAGUUUCUGAAAAUUAUGGCAUUGGUAAAGGCGGAGAAUUACCAUGGAAAUUGAGAGAAGAGAUGAAACAUUUUGCUCGAAUGACAAAAAGUGUGAAUUCUCCAGACAAGCAGAACAUGGUACUCAUGGGACGCAAGACCUGGGAAUCCAUUCCCCAUAAAUUUCGACCACUUCCAGGACGCUUGAAUGGUGUGCUGUCAUCCCAAAUCAAAGAACAGCAAGAUUCCUGUGACAAAGUUAUUUUCUGCCAAAACUUUGAGGAUGCAUUAAAGGCGGCCACCAGUCAAAGUUCUGAGGUGGAGACAGUAUGGGUCAUUGGAGGUCAUUCACUAUACAAGAUGGCUCUACAAUCUGAGCAUCUUCACCGCAUAUAUCUGACUAAGAUUAUGAAAGAAUUUGAAUGUGAUGUUUUCUUCCCAUCCUUUGACAUCAAUCAUUUCAAAUUAGUGGAAGAUCCUAGUGUUUCUUCUGAGCUGCAGCAGGAAGGUGAUAUUCAGUACAAAUAUGAGGUGUAUGAAAAAAUAUAAGUUUGGGUUGUAUUUUCUAAAAUGUCUAGGGCACACACACACACACACACACACACACACACACACACACACACACACACACACACACACACACACACACACACACACACACACACACACACACACACACACACACACACACACACACACUAUUGGUAACUAGAAUGAAGUUAUUAAUAAGAAACAUUUAGAAUUUCAAAAGUAAAUUGGAUAAAUGCAGAUAUGAGAACACAAAAGACAAAGUUGGAAAAGAUAAGUGAAAAGAAAUGGAAGAUUUAAAUAUAAUGGCUGAAAUUAUAAGGUGAUUGCAAUAAGUACUCAAAGAUUAUGGAGAAACCAGGGGAAAAUAGAUAACAAAUAUUUGUGAAUAAUAAGCAAUAAUAAGUCAGUCACAAAGUUUACAACAUAAGUGAACAUGCUAGCCAAACAAUAAGUAGCAACUGAUCCUGGCUACAUCACUCAGCAUCCUAGGUAAUGGAAUGGUGAUAUCAAGUGUCCUAUAAUUAUACAGACUUCUACAUCACUGACAGGUGCAAACCCACAUUUAUUUGAAUCUGUUGUAUACAUCAAACUCUGAGAAUUCUGGAAUGCAUUAGGAUGAAUUUUAUAUGAUGAAAGUGUUUGUUCUAAAAAAAAUGUUAACUUGCCUGAAAAUAAAAAGUAAGUGAU